AUGGGUGCUUGCUGCGGCUGUUUGUCGUCGUCAAGCAGUGACAGCAAGUUCCAGGUCGUGUUGGCCGAUAACGAACGUGAGGCCAUCUCCGCACUUUUGCAGUACUUGGAGAACCGCUCGGAUGUGGAUUUUUUCAGCAACGGGCCCUUGCGCUCGUUACUGACCUUGGUGUACUCCGAGAACAUUGACUUGCAACGAAGUGCUGCUUUGGCCUUUGCCGAAAUCACAGAGAAGGAUGUCCGUGAGGUCAACCGUGAUGUGUUGGAGCCAAUCUUGAUUCUUUUGCAGUCCAAUGACACCGAGGUGCAGCGUGCAGCCUGUGGCGCUUUGGGCAACCUUGCUGUCAACAACGAAAAUAAGUCUUUGAUCGCCGAGAUGGGCGGUAUCGAACCGCUUAUCCGCCAAAUGAUGUCUCCAAACAUCGAAGUCCAGUGCAAUGCCGUGGGCUGUAUCACCAAUUUGGCCACCCAAGAUGAGAACAAGUCCCGCAUCGCCAAGAGCGGUGCGUUGAUUCCAUUGACCAAGUUGGCCAAGUCGAAGGAUAUUCGUGUGCAAAGAAAUGCCACCGGCGCAUUGCUAAACAUGACCCACUCGCUUGAAAACAGACAAGAAUUGGUCAACGCCGGCGCUGUUCCUGUCCUCGUGUCUUUGCUCUCUAGCGACGAUGCCGACGUUCAGUACUAUUGCACUACCGCCUUGUCAAACAUCGCGGUGGACGAGCUGAACAGAAAGAAAUUGGCUGCCACAGAACCAAAAUUGGUUGGCCAGUUGGUUGCUUUGAUGGACUCUCCGUCUCCGCGUGUGCAAUGUCAAGCCACACUCGCCUUAAGAAACUUGGCUUCCGACUCGGGUUACCAAGUAGACAUUGUUAGAGCUGGCGGCCUACCUCACUUGGUCCAGCUCUUGACGUGUAACCACCAGCCCCUUGUUUUGGCUGCUGUCGCCUGUAUCCGUAACAUUUCUAUCCACCCACUCAAUGAGGCCCUUAUCAUCGAAGCCGGCUUCUUGAAACCCUUGGUCGCUCUUUUGGACUACAAUGAGCUGGAGGAAAUCCAAUGCCAUGCCAUUUCCACUUUGAGAAACUUAGCCGCUUCAAGUGAAAGAAAUAGAUUGGCUCUUUUGAACGCAGACGCCGUCAAGAAGUGCAAGGAGUUGGUUUUGAAGGUGCCAUUGUCAGUGCAACUGGAAAUCUCCGCAUGUUUUGCAAUCUUAGCUUUGGCUGACGAUUUGAAACCAAAGUUGUAUGAGAGUCACAUUAUCGAUGUCUUGAUUCCAUUGACUUUCAGUGAAAAUGGAGAGGUAUGUGGUAACUCUGCCGCAGCCUUGGCCAACUUGUGCUCUAGAGUCUCCAGCGAGCAUGAAGAUUACAUUCUUGAUAACUGGACACAGCCAAACGAAGGUAUUUAUGGAUUCUUGAUCAGAUUUUUGCGUAGUGGAAGCGCCACUUUUGAACAUAUCGCAUUGUGGACAAUCUUGCAAUUGUUGGAGUCCAACAACAAUGAAAUUCAAGCAUUGAUUAAAGAGAAUGAGUCUAUUUUGUCUGGCAUCAAAAAUUUGAGUGAAAGCCAACAGGGAAGCGGUGUUUCUAGCAGUACUGAUCAAAAUGAGUUCGAGGACCCUAAAGUGGAAUUAUUUAACUUGACUCAACAAAUUCUACAGAUUUUGGGUUGA